AUGGCGUUAUUACAAGCAAUUCUAGAAGAAAACAAAAUUCGGAAGAAUAGAAUCUUUAGAGAUAGGCUAAAUCCAUUGGAUGCGUAUGACGACGCGGAAAUUCUUUCCCGCUAUCGAAUGACAAGACACUGUUUGAUGGAUGUCAUUGACAUUGUAAGAAAGGAUGUGUCACAUGAGACAAAAAGAUCUCAUGCCCUUACACCUGAAGAACAAACUUUUGCUGCUGUGAGGUAUUAUGCGACUGGUUCUUUCCAGCAAGUGAUUGGGGACAUUUUAGGACUCAGUCAACCCAGCGUUUCCAGAGCAGUAAAGAAUGUUUCUAAUGCACUGGCAAGUUUUGCUGGACAAAUUAUUCAAUUCCCGACGGAUUGCCGAAAACUUCAAACUGUUAAAGAAGGUUUUAUGGAGAAAUUUGGAUUUCCAAAUGUAAUCGGAUGUGUGGACCGGUCAUUUAUUCCAAUUAAGGCUCCACCAUCACGCGAGGACGUUUGGACUGCAGCAGACAUUGAAGGCACAUAUGACUAA